CUCGGUGGAAAGCUACGAGGCUGCCAUGGUGCUGAGCGGGGUGGGCGACGCGCUGGGCUACCGGGGGGGCCGCUGGGAGUACUGCACCUCGGGCCCCCAGAUCCACGCCGAGCUGGCCCAGCUGGGGGGGCUGGCAGCCAUCAGCCUGGAGCCCCCCGAGUGGCCCGUCAGCGAUGACACCGUCCUGCACCUUGCCACCGCCGAGGGGCUGGCCACAGGCCUGGAGGGGGAACCCCUCCUGCAGGAGCUGGCUCGCCGCUAUGUGGCCGCCAUGGGGGACAUGGAGGGACGCAAGCCCGGACCCAGCAGCAUCCUAGGCACCUCCCAGCUGCGGCCAGGGGAGCCCGAGGGCUAUCGCAUCCCCUUCAACCCCCGCGGCACCGGCUGCGGGGCCGCCAUGCGCAGCCUGGCCAUCGGCCUCAGGUACCCGCACGCCUGGGAGCUGCCGACCCUGAUCCGGGUGAGCAUCGAGAGUGGGCGCAUGACCCACCACCACCCCACUGGGUACCUCGGAGCACUGGCGGUGGCCCUCUUUGGGGCCCUGGGGGCUCGGGGUGAACCCCCAGAGCGCUGGGGAGCUGAGCUGCUGCGAGUCCUGCCCCUGGCAUGGGAAUACGUGGAGGGCACCGGGGUGGCCGUGGAGGACAAUGCUGCUGCCUGGCCAUUCUUUGGGGAGGCGUGGCACCGGUACCUGGACUCCCGCGGGCUCCUGGAAGGGCGCGGCCCGCCGCGGGUGCCGUCCCUGCCAUCCCCGGCCGAGCGGGACACGGAGUACCUCGGCUGGGCACUGGAGGGGUGGCCAGGGCGCAGCGGCCACGACGCGCCCAUGGUGGCCCUGGAGGCGCUGCUGGCAGCUGGCGGCAGCUGGGACGAGCUGUGUGGCAGGGCGGUGCUGCACGGCGGGGACAGCGAUUCCACGGGCACCAUCGCUGCCGGCUGCUGGGGGCUGCGGGGCGGGCUGGCCGCCGUCCCGCCGGGGCUGCACGCCCGCCUGGAGCACCGCGGGCGGCUCAGCGACGCUGCCCGCCGGCUCCACGCCCUGGCAUGGGGGGCACGGUGAGUGACCC